AUGUCCUCCUCUCCUCAACCCCAACCCCAAUCUCCACCACGACACUCACCACCACAACAAUCACCACCUCCCUCACCUCCCACCACCACCACAAUCACAACCACCACCACAUCAACCCCAACACCACAACCACAACCACAACCACCACCAAUCAUCCAAGCCCUCUCAUACUCACCCCUCAAAAAACCCCAACCAAUCCCAUGGUCCCACGAAGAAACCCUCAACCUCAUCAAAGCAUACCAAGAAAAAUGGUACUCCCUCAAACGCGGCCAAUUAAAAGCCUCUCAAUGGGAAGAAGUUGCCAUCACUGUCGCCGCUCGUUGCGGCCUUGACGACCCCUCUAAGUCCGGCACUCAGUGCCGCCACAAGAUCGAGAAGCUUCGAAAGCGUUACCGUGCCGAAAAACAGAAGAUGGGUCCUAACUAUAAUUACCACAAUCAUCCCUGGAUCUAUUUUAGUCUCAUGGAUCAGCUCGAGCGCGGUCCUCUCCCCAUCUCCGCUAUUGCUCCCGCUGAUGAUUGUAUCAAUAAUAAUAACAAUAAUAGUACCAAUCAUUAUGACGAUGAUGAUGACGAGGAUGAGGAAGGUAGGGGUGUUCGGUUUGCGAGUAUGGAGAAGCUCAGGAGGGAUAGGGUUGGCGCGAUGGGGCGGGGUUUCGGAAACGGGUAUCGAAGCGGGUGUAUGAGGAGUUUGAGGGAUUUGAAAAAGAGGAAGAGUUAUUGGGAAGGGGAUGAUGAUGAGGAAGAAGAGGUGGGGUUUGAAGAUGGAGGGGAGGAGGUUGGUGGGGUGGAGGAGAGAGAAAAUGGGAGGAAUUUGAUGGGUGAAUUGGGUGCUCAAAUGAGGGGAUUUGCUGAGAAUUUUAUCAGAAUUGAGAGGAAAAAACUUGAUUUGAUGAGAGAUAAUCAAAGAUUGAGGAUUGAAAUGGAGAGUAAGAAGAGGGAGAUGAUUGUUGUUUAUCAACAUAAAACUAUUGAAUUGAUUAACAAGGCUUUUACUGAUGCUGCUGCUUCUGCUUCUUCCUCUGAAAAGAAGAUGAAGAUGAUGAGUCCAGAUUUGUGA